AUGCGAGACGGAGAGGAAGAAGCGCAGGAGAACGGCGGAGUUAAGAGACCGAGGCUCACAAGUCUGAUUGAGAAGAGCCGUCGAGACGACGACGGAAUCGUAACCUACGACCGGGGUAACAACGAGAGUGAUACUAAGGAGGGUGAUAAUGACGCAGAUCCAGCCCUGCGAGCGGACAAUGCCAGGGGGGACUCUGACACCCCCAAACCAGAGUUUACAGUAUCGAAGAUGGGGAUAGCGGGUACGACCGAUGACGGUACGGUCGACGUGGAUGAAGAUUCCGAGAAGGUUCCUGCCGCUUCGAUUCUUCCUUCGACAGAUGUGGAUGGAAAGGGAGCAACGAAUCUUGACCGUGCAGCUGCGACUGCUGCUGCUAGCGGAGCAGCGUCAGCUUCUAACGCGGAUAAUUUGGCCGCUACAGUGACAACAUUCGUCAGUACUAGCACUCAGGACAUCAGCUCUCCAGCACGUCAGGACCUUGACGCAUCUGACGGUGUAGGUUCGUCCCGUCAACCGUCCGGUCCCCUUGCAUUCGCCACCGCUUCUCUUACCGCGGACAAACCUCUUCGAGAUGCUGACCAGGAGCUAAUACCGCGUACGAUCGCUCCGCCUGCUGACAUCUCGGCGUCUCCGCCUGCAGUAGCGGCGGGUGAGGGGGACGCGGGAGAGUCCGCGGAAGGGGAGGUGAAGGCGGAAGAUUCGGCGAAAGGGGAAUGGGAGGCGGAGGAAGAGGUGAAGGAGAAGGCUGAAGUGGGUGUUCGGAAGGGGAAGGAGGAAGCGGCGGGUUCUGCUGAAGAGAAGGAGGAGGUGCAGGGAGAGGCGGAAGAGAUGGAAGGGGAGAUGAGGGAAGGUGGAGUUGUGAAGAGAGAGCGUGUGGGGGGCAGUCGCAUUGAAACCGACGGUGUGUUUGGAGGUAAUGCGCAGGGCGAUGCAAAGAGCAGCAAGGCGGAAACGGGUAUCACCCAAGGGGAGGGUAAGGCACACGGAAGACAAAGGAACCAGGAGGUGCAGCAGCAGGGGGAGGAGGAGGAGGAGGAGGAGAAGCUAUCAUCACAGCCGUUGGUGGAGGUGGCAUCUGCAGAUAAGGAGAAGAACGCAGGGCACCAGGAGCACAAGGAGCAGCAGCUUCCUCCAGUGGUGGAGGUGGUAUCUGCAGAUAAGGAGAAGAACGCAGGGCGCCAGCAGCACCAGGAGGAGCAGCAGGAGGAGCAGCAGGAGCAGCUUCCUUCCGUGGUUGAGCUGGUCUCUGCAGGGGCGGAAUCACCCCAGCAGGGACAGUGUGUGGUGUUGCCAGUGGACGCAGUCGUGUGCGUUGAACAACCGCCGCCUGCUCUGGAGUCGACUGGAAAGUCACUGCCUGCUCUGGAGUCGACCGGAAAGUCACUGCCUGCUCUGGAGUCGACCGGAAAGUCACUGCCUGCUCUGGAGUCGACCGGAAAGUCGCCGCCUGCGGAUGCUGUUGCGUGCAUUGAGCUGCCUUCUGUUGAUUCAACGCAGAUUGCACUGCCAGUCGGUGCAGUCGUGUGUGUUGCGCCGCCUGCUCUGAAAGGUUCAACUCAAGAUGUGCUUCCUCUGGACGCAGCCGUGUGUCUUGAAGCGCCUGCACCCGAUUCAACUCAGAAGCCACUGCCACUGGACGCAGUUGUGUGCAUUGAAGCGCCUGCACCCGAUUCAACUCAGAAGCCACUGCCACUGGACGCAGUUGUGUGCAUUGAAGCGCCUGCACCCGAUUCAACUCAGAAGCCACUGCCACUGGAUGCUGUCGUUUGCGUUGAGCCGCCUGCCCUGAGCUCAAUGCAAGAUGCGCUUCCACUGGACGCAGUCGUGUGUGUUGAAGCGCCUGCUCUCGUAUGUGGACCGAUUGCCCCUGUUCAGCCUGUUGCACCGUCUCCUUUGGCAGUGCUGCCGGCCUACACGCCUGCUGUGUCGGUGGUAUCUGACAGCGCUGAUUCGUCCCAGCAGACGCUGCUGCCGCCGCCACCGCCAGUGGUUGAGGUGGUUUUGAGUGGUGCUGAUGGGUCAGGUUCGGCUGCUGCUGUGCUGCCGGCCUACACGCCUGCUGUGACGGUGGUAUCUGACGACGCAGCGUCCUCCGAACAGCCUCUGCUGCCGCUGCCUCCAGCAGUCGUUGAGGUGGUUUCGAGUGGGGCGGACGGUGCAGCCUCUGUUGCUGUGCUUACAAGUGAGGCUCUGCUGACUGCCAGUGGGAUCGUCAGUGUUGUGCGCGCUGGCAGUGAGGAGAGGGCAUGCGAGGAGCAGGAAGAGGGGGCAGGCGGUGAGCUGGAGAAGGAGGGGAAGGAGAAGGAGAAGUCAGUGCCUGCUGCUGUGCUUCAUCCGGGGGAGGCUCUGCGGACUGUCAGUGGGAUCGUCAGUGUUGUGCGUGCUGGCAGUGAGGAGAGGAUCGGCGCGGAGCAGAAAGAGCUGGAGAGGAGUAGGAAUGCGGAGCAUGCGAAGGCAGUGAGUAGGACGGUGGAGGAGGGGGGAAAUAUGCAGGAGAAACAGGAGGAUGAAAGUGGGCACAGAGGCGCGAUUGCUGAGAAGGAGACGAAUGGAGCGGGGCAGGCGAAGCGGGCACAGGAGGAGCAGGCACUACCUUUGAAAGAGGGAGCCUCGGGCCGGGAGGAUGCUGAGGGGGAGAAGGAGAAGGAGAAGGAGAAGGAGAAGGAGAAGGAGAAGGAGAAAGAGCAAUUGAAGGAGGCGAAGGAAAAGGAGGAGGGGAAGGAGAAGGGGAAGAAUACGAGGGGGGUAGAGGGUGGCAAUGGCAAGGGGGAGUUGUUGGAAUGUAGCAAGGGAGAGAAUGAGGCACUUGAGUUGACUCAAGCGGAUGGUGAGGAGGUGGAGGAGAAGGGUGGCGACGGGACGAGCGAUGAGGGAGUGGUGGUGGGGAAUAGGAAGGGUGGGGAAGAGAGGGAUGAGAAGAUUGUUGAGAGCAAAAGCAAGAGGGCAGCUGGGGGUGAUGGGAGUGGUGAGAAUGAAGACUUAGGUGAGAAUGAAGACGUAGGUGAGAAGGACGAGAGAGGUGUACUAGAUGAGGCUGCGAGCGAUGAGGUGAGGGAAUUAGGGAAAGAGGAGGGAGGAUUGGGGAAGCAGGAUGGUACCAUUGAGGAUACGGAAGGGAUGGAGGUAGAUGAUAAGAGGGGCGAGGAGAAGGGAGAGGAGAAGGGUGAGGAGAAGGGAGAGGAGAGUGGGGGUAGAGAGGAGAUGGAGGAAGAGAAGGUGGAGAAGCGAGAGGAGGGAGGGAAGGAGAAGGGAGAGGGGAAAGGGAAUGAGGAGAAGGGAGUGGAGGGAGAGGAGAGAGGAAAGGAGGAGAAGAGAGGAGAGGGAAGGGAGUCGAUGGAAGGGAAUGCGGGUGUUGCUGAGGGGGAUGGUGUUGCGAGUGGCAAUGCCGAUGCCUCACAGUUAGGCCCCAGUGAUGAGGGGGACGAUGCAAUGAUGAUUGAUGAGAAGAGAGGAGAGCAGAGGCACGUGGCAGAAGGGAGAGGAGAGAGGGGAAGGCGAGAAGAUGCGGAGGAGGAAGGGAGCAAGAAGGGCGAAGGCGAGGGUGGUAGAGGGAGUCAGCAGGUGAGUUUGGCUUCGACCGAAGAAGGGAAGGAGCCUGAAGGAGUGGGUUUCGCUGCAGCGACGGAUAGCCCUAUAGUUCCCACUCCAACUGAUGCAGAUGCUCCUGCUGCUCCUGCUGCUCCUGCUCCUGCUGCUGCUGCUGCUGCUGCGGAUUCUCCUGCGGAAGCAGCUUCUGCAGCAGCAGCUUUUCCUGGUGCGGCAGGUCCAGCUACAGAGGGUGUGGGGGGGGUGGUUACAAAGAGGAACGAGGGGAGGAAGAUGCGGGAGUGGGACGAGCGGAUGCAUGCAUGGGAUGGCAUCAUGCGCGCAUGGCAUGGGCGCAUGGUGGCGUGGACUGGGGUCAUGGAUGCUUGGAGGGUGCACAGGCGAGAGCAGAGGAGGAAGCAGAGACGGGAACAGAGGCGCACACAGAAGCAGAAGCGGAAGGAAGAGCAGAAGGAAGAGCAGAAGGAAGAGCAGACAGGAGAGGAGAUGGUAGAUGACAAGGGGCGUGUUGCGGCCGCUGCUGGAGCCAGCAGCGAUGCUUAUGUUUCUGGGGAUGAUAGUGACUCCAGUGGUAGUGACAGUAGCGAGGAUGAUACUACUGAGGUCUCGCAGCUCGGUGGUAUUGGUAACCCUGUUACAGGUGCCCUGGCUGCUGUCUCUGCUGCAGAGUCCGUAGCAGCUGCAGCAGCAGAAGCAGCAGCAGCAGCCACAGCAGACGCUGCUGCAAUCCUAGGGCCAGCUAAAUUCGCCACAGCCAUAGACGCCGCUGCUACAGCUGCUGCUACAGCCGGCGCUACAUUUGGCGCUACAGCCGGGGCAAGAGCCGCUGCUACAGCCGGCGCUACAGCCGGCAGCGAGUGGCAGUGGGGCAUGCCUGCCGGCCUGCCUCAGCACCUACCGGCUCAGUUCCAGAAGCAACGGCUGGUCGAGUUCUGCAGGCACGCAGCAGAGCAGGAGGAGAAGCUCUGGGUUCCUGCUACAGCUGCUACAGCUGCUGGGGUUGUUGGGGCUGCUGGGGCAGCUGGGGCAGCUGGGGUUGCUGGGGUUGCUGCGGCUGCUGGGCUUGCAGGGGAGGAGAGACCAUCUGGGACGGAGCUAGCGAUAGUGCCUGUGGAAACAGGCUAUGAAGGGAAUGCUGGCUACGAGGGGAAUGAGCUGUAUGAGCGUGCGCUGGUUGCCGCAGGAGGAGUGUAUGGGGCCGGUGACGAGCAGAGAAUAGGGGGUGGAGGUGUGGGUAGGGGAGGGAUGGGGGUGGGGGAGAGUAAAGUAGGGAGCAGUGGUGGGAAGGGGUUGGGCAGGAGCAGGCGCAGGAGCAGAGGGAAGGGUGUGGAGGGGAGUCCUGGGAAGAAGACGAGAGAGGACGCAGAGGCAGGCACACGGGAGGAGCACCUUUACCACUACUAUAACCAGCAGCAGCAAGUGCAGGGUUACAUGGAAUACCAAGGGCAGGAGCCGCAGAAUGGGAGCGCAGCAGCAGCAGCAGCAGCAGCAGCAGCAGCAGCAGCAGCAGCAGCAGCGCAGGGCAGUGGGAGUCACAACUCGGGAGGCCACGGCCGUGGGGACGGGCACAGCAGUGGCGGGGGUGGAGGAGGAGGGGGAGCAGGAGCGGGAGCAGCAACAGCAGGUGGGAAUCACGGCACCAGUGGACGCUCAUGGCAUUUCUCAGGAUACCCUGGCGUGUCUCGAAACGGGCGGAAAUGGUCGGCUAAGGUAUCUAUGAACUCUCAGCAGAGAGCCAGAUACGGGGUGUGCCAGAACAUGCACUGCGGGCAGUGGGAGGAGGUGGAGCAAGCAGCGGCGGCGGCCGAAGCAGCGUGUUUUGUUUUCAAGGGAGGGAAGGGGCGGACGUGGAAGUUUCUUACUGAGCAGCAGAGGGAGGUGUUAGGGGGAAUGGAUCCGGAUGAGGGGAUGUGGCUGAUUAAGGCGAAGAGGUGGAGGGAGUGGAAUGAAUGGCAGCCGAAUAAGACUGGGUGGGUGAAGGGGAUGGGGUUGGCUGAGUGUGGGGAUGGGCAUGGGGUGGGGGGCGCGCAGCAGGAGGAGCACGGGGAGGGGGAGGGGAAUGAGGGGCACGGGAUGGGGGGUCAUGAGGGGCAGGGGGAGGGGAAUGAGGGGCAGGGAGAGGGGGAGAGUCAGGAGGGUGCGCCAAUGAUGUUGGAGUGGCAUGAGGGGUGGGAGGGGAGGCAUGCGGAUGGGCAGAGGGAGGAACAGAGCGAGCAGGAGAGGGAGCAGCAGAGGGAGAGGGAGAAGGAGUGGGAGAAGGAGAAGGAGGAGAGGGAGAAGGAGAAGGAGAAGGGGAAGGAGAGGGAGAAGGAGAAGGAGAAGGAGAAGGAGAGGGAGAAGGAGAGGGAGAAAGAGAGGGAGAAAGAGAGGGAGAAAGUGAGGGAGAAGCAGGAGAAGGAGCAGCAGGAGAAGGAGAGACACCAGCAGGAGAAGGAGAGACACCAGCAGGAAGGUGAAAGGUGGAAGGGCAAGGAGCGAGAGCAGCAUGUGAUGCAGGAGAAAGCGGAAAAGGAGGAACAAGAACCGCGGGGGUUGAAACUCGACCUGAAUGCCCAGCAGCCCCUGAAUCUCUACCCCGAACCUCCUCCCCCUCCGUCCAUUCCUGCUCCGCCUCUUUCCACUCCUCCUUUUCCUCCUCAAGUUGCUCCAUCCCCCCUUGUUGCAGCACCCUCCGCAUCCCAUCCAAUGCUUUUUCCCCCUUUUGCUGGAUCACAACAGGGUACACCCAUGCUACAGCAGAGCACACCCACGUUGCAGCAUCAGCAUCAGCAGGGCAUUCCCGUGUCGCAGCAUCAGCAUCAGCAGAGCAACCCCACACUGCAGCAUCAUCAGCCUGUGGCGUCCAUUCGCGAGCUGCUGGCCAUGCCCCGCACCUUCUCUGUUCCCCCCCCUCCUCCUGCCGUGGACAAUGUGCCGAGUCAGCAGGGCCAACAUAGUCAACAGAGUCAACAGCAGCAGCACCCGCAGCAGCAGCAGCAGCAGCAGCAGCAGCAGGCACAGCAGCAGGUGCCAAGUUUCGUUCUCUCCCUCCCACCUGCAUCAACCCCGCCACUGCACCCUCCUCCGCUGCACCCCAGCUCUCAUGGUCCUAUUGCUGCUCCUACAGGUGCUGUUCCUGCUACUGCGGGCAGCAAUGCACCCUUCCCUUGGCUAUCUGUCCCCACGCCAGGGAGUGUGCUCCCACCUGCACAUUCACCUGCUCAUACCCCUGACCCGCACGCUGCUGCUGUUGCCGGUGCCACAGGUGCUGCUACAGCCGCGGGAACCACAGCAGACGGGCAGUCUGCCGCUCCUGCUACAGAAACCACCGCAGCUGCUGCAGCAGCAGCUGCAGCGUUGAACCCGGCGAAUCACGGCCCAAGACCAGCCUCGGGAUACCUCGGAGUGGUGAAGAGCGGUCGAAAGUGGGCCGUGCAACUAUCAAUGAACAUGAAGCAGCGAGCGAGCUACUCUGUAGGCCAUAUUCUCAACUGCGGAGUUUGGGACGACGUGGGGGAGGCAGCAAUCGCAGCAGAGGCGGCUUAUCUAGUGCUGAAAGGGGAGAAGAUCGAGUUUAGAUUGCUGAGUGAAGAGCAGAAGAGGAGGCUGAGGCAGAUGGGACCGGAUGAGGCAGUUAGGAUUAUUAAGGAGAGGAGGUGGAAGGUGUGGAGGGAUUGGCGGGCGGGGAAGGAGGGGGAUGGGACGGGGUGGUUUGUGGGGGAGGAGGGAGGGGAGGAGAGGGGGGAGGGAUGGAAGGUGGGGAUGGGAGAAGGGAGGGGAGAGAGGGGCCGGGAGGAGGAGGAGGAAGGAUGGGAGCGGCAGGAUGGGAUGGAGGAGGAGGAAGGGAGAGGGAGGGGGAGAAGGGGGGGAACGGAGGCUCACGCUUUCCCUGGCCCUGCAGCAGCAGCAGCAAGAGACGACAGGGUCCUUCCAGAGUCGGGUACAGGAAGGGAGAAGCAGCACGGGCAGAAGCAGCAGAUUCAGAACGAGUUUGCGUCAUCCCUGUCGCUAUCCUUGAACGCCUCUCCUCCCAGCGACCAUGUGAGAGGCUCCGGGAGGAUGGCAAAGAGAGAGGAAGAGGAGGAGCGGGAGGAGGAAACUGGGAUGACAGCGCACCGACACAGCACACCGGAGCAGCACAGCUCAGCGCCCAGUCACCGCGAGUCAGCGCUGGGCCAUGCUGACUCAGCGGCUGGUCAGCACGGGGCAGGGCCAGGUCACUCGACCCUGCCGCAACCCCCGGGGGAGGGGUACGCGUCUGGUUACUUUGGCGUGUUUCGUAACGCCAAAAGCACCCCUACGAGCGCAGACGAGAGGGACCUAGCAGAAGGAGAGGAGGGUGAAGCAGGAGGUGGUGCUGCUGGUGGUGGGGGUGGGGGCGGUAACUCAAGCCAUGUCUCCUGGGCGUCGGGGUACUAUGGAGUGGCAAGAAACGGCCGGAAAUGGGCAGCGAAACUUUCGAUGAACGCUGACCAGAGGCAGAGGUACGCGGUAGGAAAAAGCAUCCACUGCGGGCAGUAUGAGGAAGUUUUGGAGGCGGCAGCGGCGGCCGAAGCGGCGAAUUUCGUGUUCAAGGGAGGGAAGGGGCGGACUUUCAAGUUUCUGACUGAGCAGCAGAGGGAGGUGCUAGGGGAAAUGGAUCCGGAUGAAGCGAUGGUGAUGAUUAAGAAUAAGACUUGGAAGGAUUGGAAGGACUGGCGGCCGGGAGGGGUUGUGGUGAGCGGAGAGGUGGAGGGAGGGGGAAGCGGGGGAGGGGCGGGAGUGGGGGAGGUGGCUGGAGGAGGGGGUGGGAUGGUGUCUGGGGUGAGGGAGAUGGGGAGUGGAGCAGGAGGGGCAGCCCUUGGGGGGAUGGAAAGUAAUGUGACACGACUUUCAGAGGAGUGUGCAGUGCAGUCGUCAUAG